AUGAAGUUCUCUCAGGCUAUCCUGCCCAUCUUUAUGCUGGGAGCUGUUGCUUCCCCUGUGCCUGUCAAGGUUGAGGGCCUUCAUGGCGAUUCGUCCAUGUCUCGCCGGGCUGAGGCCAACGCUCUUCAUGGUGAUACUGCCAUGGCUCGUCGUGCUGAGGCGGCUGCUCUCCAUGGUGAUACCGCCAUGGCCCGACGGGCUGAGGAGAAUGCUCUGCAUGGAGACACUGCCAUGGCCCGUCGGGCUGAGGAGAAUGCUCUUCACGGAGAUACCGCCAUGGCUCGCCGUGCUGAAGCCAACGCCCUUCAUGGAGAUACUGCCAUGUCUCGUCGUGCAGAGGCAGCUGCUCUCCAUGGUGACACUGCUAUGGCUCGCCGUGCUGAUGCUAAUGCUCUCCACGGUGACUCCUCCAUGUCACGCCGGGCUGAGGCAGCUGCUCUUCAUGGAGACUCUUCGAUGUCUCGUCGUGCUGAGACUGCCGUUCACGGCGACUCCUCCAUGUCGCGCCGUGCUGAGGAGAAUGCUCUCCACGGCGACACCGCCAUGGCCCGUCGUGCCGAGGCCAAUGCCCUGCACGGCGAUUCUUCUAUGUCUCGCCGUGCCGAGACCAACGUCCAUGGCGACUCUUCCAUGUCUCGCCGUGCUGAGGCUAACGCUCUCCAUGGCGAUACCGCCAUGGCUCGCCGCGCCGAUGCCAAUGCUCUCCACGGCGACACUGCUAUGGCUCGCCGUGCCGAGACCAACCUUCACGGUGAUUCUUCCAUGUCUCGCCGUGCUGAGACCAACGUCCACGGCGACUCCGCCAUGUCAUAA